GAAGAGAAAGAAAAAUUGGAAUUUGAAUGAAAGAUCGAAUAGCUAUCAAUUCAUCAAUUGUAUUGAAGAUGAUGAAACUAAGGUCAAAGAAGUUCUCCAGAACCAACUCAUCAAAGUCAGCAUCAUCAGCAAGUGGCAGCGCCGCCGCAGCGAACGGCAGCGUGGGCGGCGGUGAAAUCAAAUGGGAACUUCGCCCCGGCGGCAUGCUUGUCCAAAAGAGAGAAUGUUUAGAUAAAGCUGAAGAGAUUAUCACGCUCAGAGUCUCAACCGUCUCGCAAUGCCAUAAUAUCUCCAUCCAAUCCACCUCAACUUUUGGAGAGCUGAAGAUGAUGUUGUCGUUGGUGACCGGUUUAGAACCAAAGGAACAAAGAGUGCUGUACAAAGGGAAAGAAAGGGAAGAUUAUGAACACUUGCACAUGGUGGGUUUGAAUAAUAAGGACAAGGUUCUACUGCUACAAGAUCCGGCCAUCAAAGAGCAGAAACUUCUUGGCUUAGCCGCCGGCCGCCGACCAGCUCCGGUCGUCGGAUCUCCUUUCCGCACCAUUACUGUAUAAAAUUAAUUUAAAAAAAAAAAAAAUAUAUAUAUAUAUAUGUUAAUCCACCUUAAUAUCAUAUAAUUUGUUUUAAUUUUUCGACCUCCACCCAACUAACACUUGAUUCAUUACAAGGAAGCUGCUGUGAGAAAUUUAUAUGAUGAUCACCAACUUUGGGUUACAUAAAUUAGUGUAGGAACAUGGGAAUUUUUAAUUAAUUAAAUUGUCACCUACAUACCCUGUUGGUUGGGGGGUGCAGUGCCAGCUGUAGGAUUACUAAAUCGUGUAACGCGAUGCGUUUCCGCGUCAUUUUUAUUUGUUUUAAUACAAAGUUUAUACAUAAAAAAGAAUUAUUUGUUCUA